AGACGAGUUUUUGAUUUUUACAAAGAGCAAGCUAAGUAAUUGUAGGUCCAUUUUAAAGAUUUACCUGGUGUUUUGCUGGUUUGCUGCUGCUUCAAUUUUCCAUCCCAGGAACGACAUUUUCCUUGUUAAGAGCAAAUGGGUUAUCAAAGUGUAUCAAAUGAAAUUGUUCAAUUAACAGAAAAUGAAAUUAUUGGAUUUAAGCGUCAAGAACCUGGAUUUGCGACAAAAGCCAUUCAUGCUGGACAAAAACCAGAAUUGUGGAAAUGCAGAUCAAUUGUUCCACCAAUUUAUAUGACAGCGUCAUACGAAAAACAAGACUUGGAAUCCGGCAUGACUGGCUAUGACAAUCCAACAAGAACCAUUGUCGAACAAACGUUAGCAGCUCUUGACAACGGAAAGCAUUGUCUCACAUUUCCUUCUGGAACAGGUAGUCAAAUGGCAUUCAUAUCAACUCUUAAAUCAGGCGAUGGCAUCUUAUGUGGCGAUAAUAUUUAUACGGGUACGAUUGGAUUAUUUCGUGAAAUUGCAGCUGACCUUGGAGUUCAAGUUGAGUUCAUUGAUUUAACAAAUCUUGAACAACUUAAAAGCUCACUGAAGUCUAACACAAAAAUGAUAUGGAUGGAGACACCAACAAACCCAAUGAUGAUUAUACAAGAUAUUCGUGCUAUCGCCGAUAUUGUUCAUAAUGAAAGUAAUGCAAUACUUGUCGUUGACAAUACACCAUUAACAAGUUAUUUUCAACGUCCUCUCGACUUUGGAGCUGAUGCCGUUGCUUAUUCACUCACGAAAUUUAUGAACGGUCAUAAUGAUGUCGUCAUGGGAUCAAUUUCAACGAACAAUCAGGAGCUUUAUGAGAAACUUAAGUUCACUCAGAACAUUACGGGAAUUGUGCCUUCACCUUUCGAUUGCUAUUUACUUUUUAGAGGCUUAAAAACGUUGUCAUUGAGAAUGGAACGUCAUUCAGAGAAUGCUAUCAAAAUUGCACGGUUUCUCGAAACUCAUCCAAGAGUUAGCAAGGUUCUUCACCCAGGAUUGCCUUCUCAUCCACAACAUAAAUUGGCACUUAAACAAUCGUACGGACACUCAGGGAGCUUAUGUUUUUACAUAAAAGAUGGAACUUUGGAAAUGACAAGAAAAUUUCUUCUAACGUUGAAUGUGUUUAUGUGGGCUGACAGUUUAGGUGGCUGCGAAUCAUUGGCUCAAGCUCCAUUAUUAUGAUUAAGUCUUGGUGAUGAAAUGGGAUUUCGAAAACAGGGACCUGGAUUUGCAACCAAAGCAAUUCACACUGGGCAGAAGCCUGAACAAUGGAACAGCAGAGCUGUUGUUCCUCCAAUUAGCUUAGCAACAACCUACAAACAAUUCGGACCAGGACAACAUGCUGGAUUUGAAUAUUCACGUUCUGGUAAUCCAACAAGGAAUGUAUUAGAAGAAUGUUUGGCUGCUUUGGACAAUGGCAAAUACGCAUUAACUUUUGCAUCAGGAUUAGGAACACAAACAGCUAUUAUAUCGACCUUGAAGACUGGAGACGGAAUAAUCACAGGCGAUGAUAUUUACGGUGGAACUAACCGACUGUUUAGAAACUUGGCAGUGAACAUGGGAAUUGAUGUACAAUUUGUCGACCUGACGGAUUUGAAGAACCUUGAAGCUGCGAUUAAACCAAAUAUUAAACUUGUUUGGUUGGAAACACCAACAAAUCCAGUGAUGAAAGUUAUCGAUAUUAAAGCUGUAGCUGACAUUGUCCAUUCCAAAACAAAGGCAUUCUUAGUCGUGGACAACACUUUUCUCUCUGCAUACUUUCAACGACCACUUGAACUCGGAGCUGAUAUUGUGAUGUAUUCGUUGACGAAAUAUAUGAAUGGACAUUCUGAUAUUGUGAUGGGCUCAAUUGCUACUAACAAUGAAGAACUUUACGAGAAGUUAAAGUACUAUCAGAAUGCAACUGGAAUUGUGCCAUCGCCAUUUGAUUGCUAUAUGGUAAACAGAAGUUUGAAAACACUUUCACUGCGAAUGGAACGUCAUUUCAAAAAUUCUGUUGCUGUUGCUAAGUGGUUGGAAGCACAAGCUAAAGUUGAUAAAGUUUUGCAUCCGGCAUUGCCUUCACAUCCGCAACAUAAACUUGCACUUUCACAAACUUUUGGACACUCUGGUAUCAUGUCGUUUUAUAUUAAAGAUUUUACUUUGGAGAAAUCAUCAAACUUUUUAAAAGCUUUAAAAGUUUUCACAUUAGCAGAAAGCUUGGGUGGUUACGAGUCGCUUGCUGAACUUCCAAGCGUAAUGACGCAUGCAUCAGUCCCAGAAGAACAAAGAAAAGUUUUAGGAAUCAACGAUGGCUUAAUUAGAAUUUCAGUUGGACUUGAAGAUGCUCAAGAUCUGAUUAAAGAUUUGGAUCAAGCUUUCGCCACAAUUUAAAUAUGUUUUCUGUUUUAUAUUCAUUAAUUCUUAUACCAAUUUUUCUACUGCAAAUGUUUUUUGUUGUGUCAUAAUAAAGUUUUUGUUUUUCUCCUGUCUGUGACAAAAAGACUUUGUACUGUUAAUUAAUUGAAAAGUAAAUAAAAUUUAUGAAGCUUUCUGAUCCAUCAUAAA